AUGCUUCUAUUACGUACAUCGGGAUUACUUCUGUUGUUGUUGUUGACAAAUGCGGACUCGGACUUAGAUGACAACUACGAUAUUUGCUUUUUGUGCUCAUGUAACCCAGAACAGAACAGCGUAGACUGUUCCCACAGAGGGCUAACUAUUCUUCCUGAUGGAAUAUCCGUAAAAGUUUCGAAGCUUAACAUUUCCAACAACGACAUCUCAGUUUUUCCAACUAACCUCAGCAAACUAUAUAACUUAGUAUCAUUGGAUAUAAGUGGGAAUCAAAUAAAUGAAUUCCCUGAAAAUGCUCUUCAAAAUCUUACAGCGUUAGAAAUAUUGAAUUUGUCAAACAAUGGCUUCGAAACAUGGUUAAGUUUAAAUCCCAACGAAGUUUUAAAACCAGCUGUUAAAUUAAAGAUUUUAGAUUUAUCCAGAAAUAAUUUGAAAACAAUGGCCAAUUUGGCUAAUCAAGAACUAUUCAUUAGCCCAACAUUAGAAACAUUAAUUUUGAAUGACUGUCAAAUAGAUGCUAUUUACGGAAGGUCACCUCUAAGUGGACUUAUUAAUAUAAGAGUAUUAAAACUUGAUAACAAUCCUUUGUUAAGAAUACAAAACCUUAUAUCACCGACCUUAAAGAGUCUAUACGUGAGUAAUUGCCAACUUAGUUACAUAAAUAAUAAUGAACUAUCUUAUUUGCCUUCGCUACUGUAUUUGAAAAUGUCUCACAAUUAUCGUUUGGAAUUAUCUGCAACGUCCAACUCGUUAUUCUCCGAAUCCUUAAAAUUUUUAGACAUAUCAUAUUGUAAUGUCUUCAAACCAAAUCUAGCAGGAUUUCCAAACCUAAGAAAAGCUAUAAUAAAUCAUAAUAUGAUUAGAUAUUUAGGCAGCAACGAGUUUAUAAAUAAUACAAAACUUGAAUAUUUAGAUCUUUCCUACAAUAACAUAGGGUCUAUCAAAGGCGAUACUUUUCGUGGACUUAAUAUGCUAAGGUUUUUAGAUUUAUCUUGGAAUGAAUUGGCUCAAAUACCUGAAAACAGUCUCUUAGAAAUGCCAUCAGUGACUCAAGUAAAACUGGCAAGAAAUUAUUUAAAUCGAGUUGGUCAUUUAAAAUCUACAUCUAUAACAAUUCUUGACAUGAGUUCAUGUGAAAUAAGUGUGAUUGGAAAAGAUUCAUUUGAAGGACUACCAUCACUCAUUGAAAUGGAUUUAUCACAUAAUCUUAUAUCCCAUAUACCUGACAGCAUAUCUUCAAAUACGCUGAAGUAUUUGAACUUAAACUAUAACAGAAUUAGCUCUCUAAGUAAUUUCACCUUUUUUAUGAUGCCUCACCUCACCGGCCUUAGUGUAAUAGGAAAUCGUUUCACAAAUAUUUGGAGCAGAUCAUAUUUUGAAUUUAAUGUCAAUUUAGAUAAACUCGAUUUGAGCGAUAACAUGUGGAGAUGUGAUUGUCGUGAUGAUAAUAUGUAUGAUUUUUAUGAAUUUGUCACUUUAGAACCAAACAAGAAAGAGGAAUCUUAUAAUCUUAUAUGUAACAGCCCUAUUAACGUUAUCGGCCAGACAUGGUUGGAAGCUUGUUAUUUUGCUUGGUAUCCCGAUGUUAAGAAAGGAAAUGCUGAUAACUUAAUAUAUUUUAUUAUUGUUAUGGUAGUCGGUUUAUCAUUAUGUCUAAUUAUUGUAAGUGCUAUAAGAAGAUCUCUCAAACAUCGCUUGUUAGUAAUGCAAACAGAACGAGAACGACAAGUUGAAGAAGCCAGGGAUAGAUUGAGACAAUUAAGAAUGCGAGCUGAACAAGAAGCUUUAUGUAAUACUCCAGAUCCAAGGGAUUUGAUACAACCACCGUCGUAUGAUGAAGCUCUCUCAAUGCCAAAACUAAAUGUAUCCUGUCAUUCUUUGAACGAAACCGGAACUGGCAAAAGUAAACGAAGGAGAGGCAGGAGGAAAACUAAGUCAAGUGGAGAUUUACUCGAAGAGACAGAGAGGAAUGGAGAUGUUCGAGUGAUUGAUGACAUAGAAUUGACUGAAACUCCUAACAUCGAUGACAGACGACGUCGGCGGCGUAACAGAAGAUACGGUAGUCAUGAUAUAGCAGAACUUGAUGAUAGUCCUGGAGCGAGAAGGAGACGAAUGUCCUCGGUUGAACCACAUGAGAAUAGCGUCAUGCUGCAAGUUGAGGCAGAUCUAGAGGCACCCAAUAAUCGAAGGCUUGGCUUAAAUGAGAGUCACCCACGAGAAAGUGACUUUUAG